UAGUGUUAUUACGCUUAAACGGGUGCUUAGAAAAUACUGUACAAUGCCCUCCAAAAGUAUGAGAAUAGUAAAUUGAAAUGUAUUUCUGCUGUAUACUUAGGUAUUUUGAUUAGAUCAAAAGAUGAAUAUGAGAAAACCCGUAAAGCAAUGGUCAGUGACUUCACCAGCAGUCUCCAGAGGGCAGAGGUGAAAAUAUCACAAGCCAUCAUACUCAGAAGGCUUUGAGAGCCGAAUAACAGCGAUUACACUAUAAGACCAUGAAACGAGGUGGACCCAAGUGCAGAGGAUGCUUAUUCCCCAUUUUGAGUCAAACAAGUAAACUUUAAUAAAGAAAAAAAACAAAGUAACAAACAGGCAAGAACAUGAGAUACUAUCACUGGGAACAAAGAAAGACAAACACAGGAGAAAAUAACCCAGCACUGCAGCCAACAGGACGGCCCCCACCUACUUACAGGACAUGAUUCAGUCCUACACCCCAGCUUGACCACUCCACUCUGUGGCAGCAGGGCGACUUGCCCCCCCUGCCAUCCGGAUGAAUGGUUCUUCUCACUCAACCCUACCACGGAGCUUCUCCACCUUAGCUCCCAGUGGUGGAACGAACUCCCUGUUCCUCUACGAACCACUCCCUCAUUGCCUAUCUUCCACCGCGGUCUGAAGAUUCAUCUCUUCCGGCUAUAUACCUGGGCUAACUAUCACCACUCUGUGGGGCACUCCCAAUCUGGGAUCAGCAGUUGCAUCAACAAUGAAGAUGAGUAUAGCAUAGCAAAGCACCCCCAACACCACGUUUCACGGAUGUUUCUUUCGUCAUCAACUGUAUAGGUCUUCCUUGGACUACCAGGCCCUUUGCAAUAACUGAAAUCACCAGUGCUCUCUCUUAAUAAGUGUUUCAAACAGCGGAUUUUUGGCAAGCCUAAGGUUUGGUCUAAUAAAUGUCGAUGUAAUUUUACUAGUUGAUACAGAUUAAUUUUCUUUAGACAAAUAAAAUAUCCCACCAAGGUAUCAGGUUCCUUAACCAUAAUUGUUUCAGUCUUACCUCUCUAUUGCUCCUGUUAAGAUGGUAUAAAAUCAAGAUUACACAUGAAUUUAUCACUACCAACAAGAAAAUAGGACAUAAUAUUCCUGCAACAGAGCCAUCUUAACCUCUCUCCAAAUUAAAAUGCCACGUUGAGUCUUUCAGUAAGAAAGUGGCUUAGCUACAGUACUUGUCAGUUAAAACCUUGCCUGCUGUACCUUAUAGCCGAGUUGCUAAAUGACAGAUGAUCCAAUUAAACAUAGCUGCUGGAAACAUGAUUAGCCUUUUAUGAUUCAUUAGCCCCUCCUGGUUUACAGGAGCCAUAAAGCAAAAUAUGUGCCUUUUAUUGCCAUUGGCAACUUCAAUGUGGAUUGGUUCUGUGCCCAGACAAACCAGGGAUAUAUGUUUAUGCAUUAUUCAAUGCAGAUAAUCAUUGUGGCAGAGAAUAAAAUAAUUAGGAAUCAAGUUGGUAUUUAUUUGAUAAUCAGAUAUUAUGAUUCAUUAUAAAGCUUUGCAUCAAAUUUAUAUAAAAACCAGCAACUGCGUUUAAAAAAAGCUUACAAGAGAAGAGGUUUUGUGAAAUUCAGAAUCAGAAUAAACGCCAUUGUCUAAUUGUCCUUUUGUCCCUGAAGGGCACACUAGUAAACAGGACCAUGAAGAGUGAGACUGUGCUUCAGCUUUCCACCAUAUUGGUGCUCCAGCUGAAUUGGAAUCAGUUCAUUUCUGCAUACGGAAUCACUGUUCUACCUCCAGCUGAUGUACAGGUAAUAGACCCAGGGUACCUUGGUCAACUGCUAAUACGUUGGACACUUCCUUCCAACCUGGAGAAUCCGAUAAACUGUUCAAUAAGAUUCCAACUGCAAUAUUUCAACGCUUAUGAAGACAGAUGGACAACCAUCAGAACCACUCACCUGAGCUACAGUGCCCAGUUUGACCUGGAGAAGGAUGUGCACGUUAGGGUCCAUACCUUGCUGAGGGGGCCCUGUGUUAAUGGCUCUGAAGUUCAGAGCCCUGGAGCUGAGGUGGUUCUCAAGCCCCCUGAUAAAGGGUCCAUAGGCUCAAAGAUCAAAAGUCUCAGCUGUGUUUUCUAUCGGAGGGAAUUCCUGGAAUGCACCUGGGAAAGUGGGGAAGUUGAGCUGGACCAUCCCAUUUACCACUUGUUCUACUGGCACAGAGAGAUGGUGAAGACCGUGGAAUGUCCCAAGUAUAUCUACUCCAAUGGUGCCACCAGGACUGGCUGCAGCUUCCCGGUGGAUUCACUCCUGGAAUUUACCGAGUUUAACAUCUGUGUGAAUGGCUCAUCAGCAGAGGGGCCUCUACGACCAGCUUACUUCACCCUGCAGAUACAAAAUUUAGUGAAACCUGCUGCCAUUGAGAUUCUGAGUCUGGAGGCCCAACCCAAUGGGCUCUUCCACUUGGAAUGGACACCAUCUGAGGGGAGAAUCCCUGGUAUCUGCCUGGAGUAUGAGGUGGAAUCCACACAAAACGCCAUGGUGGGGGAAGUGCUGCAGAGGAAUAUCACCACAGAGACAGCGUUCACCUCCCUCAGCAUAGAUCCGAGUAGGACUAACUGUUUCCGGGUCAGGUCCAGGGUGCACCAGUUCUGUGCUGACAGUGGCUUCUGGAGUGAGUGGAGUCGCCCAUCCUGCCUGUCAGACACCAUGGAGAUAUACAUGCCCAUAGUGACAGAAACGAUCAUGCUGGGGGUUCUGGCCAUCUUUGUGAUCAUGCUCCUCAUCCUCUCUCUCUGCCUGUGGAGCUUUCGGGGAAGUCAUUUCAUCUAUUUCUGAGAUUUUAUUCAAGGGACUGGAAGAAGUAAACGAGGAGGUACUAUCGACGGGGUAGGUAAUUUUGUGGCAAAAGUCACAAAUCUGUAGAAUGAAUUCACAGAUCUGCAAAUUAGGUUUCACGUCUGUAAAUUGGGUUUCACAGAUAUGCAGCAUGGAUUGACAAAUAUGUAAAUGGUUUCCUAAAUCUGUAGAAUGGAUUCACAAAUCUGUAAAUGGGGUUUCACAUCUAUAAAUUGGGUUUUACAAAUAUGUAAAAUCUAUUCACAAAAAUGUAAAGUUUCCCAAAUGGAUUCACAAAUCUGUAAAUGAAUGCGCGAAUACACACAAUAACAGUUUCAAACUUGAGUAAAGACAGCUCUGUAAAUACCCUGUGAUAGAUUGGUAACCUGUAUUCCUGUCUCUCGCCCAAUGCACACUGGGAUACGCUCCAGCACCCCCCGCGAACUUUCUUCUCUAUGGAACUUCACAUUCCUCAUCACAUAUUUUCAUAAAUUGUCUCGAUGGUCUUAACUUCCUGUGUUUUUACAAUUAUAACAUAGAUAAAAUCCCAGCAAAAUGAUCAGCUGACCACAGACAAACACCUCUAUCUUUGUCCUUAGUUUGCAAACACAGUUUAUCUCUGCAUUGUUAUUUCUCUCUCUGAAUUGUUAUUUCAUCUGGAAUAACAGAGAUUAUUAAAGAUAAAGUCUUUAUUUUACAAAAAAAUGUAUUACAAUAUUAGUAAUUUGUAUUAGAAGAAUUUGUAUUACAAUUCUGUUAUUACUUAUGAGGAAUUCAUUGCUCAUUAUAAAAUACUGUUAAACAAAAAUGUUUGAUUGUUAUUAGUACUGUCCCUUCUGAUACUCACAUCCUGUUUAAAAAUCUAUUUUGACCAUUAUUGACCAUUAUUGAAUUACCCUGACUCAAUCCUACUGGGUUAGUCAGGUAAGAUUUGCUUCUCUCUGGUUCCAAAAAACAGUAACAGAGCCAUCUGUACUUUAAAAAAUAUAGUAUCUGUACGCUAUGAGAUAUCGUAUUGGAAUUCCUUUUUGAGUGAUGCUGGAGAAAAGUAUAGCUCUUACCCCAGAAGUAUCUCCUUCUAAAUAAGAUUAGAGAGGUGUCGCUCACAUUUAUCCACAGAAUAUGUCCAGCAAGUCAUUAUUUAAAGAAAUUCACGAAAGACAUCAAUACAAACUGUAUAUUUUGUAAUGAGCAUCUUGAGACUCUCAUACACCUGUAAUGGUAUUGCUUGUGUAUUAAUACAUUUUGGUAAAAUGUACAAAGCUUUGUUAUUGAUAAUAUACUCUGUGAUUAACCUUUAUCAUUACUGUGUUAAAAUGUGCUGUUUGGUUUAUUUUUUAAUGAUUUAAUUAUUGCUGUGGCAAAAUUUCAUAUUCAUAAAUAAUUGGUCAAUUUGCCAAUAAGAAACUUAGCUUUGCAAGGCUAUCAA